UCGGCAGUGAAUGGAGGAGGGUGGUGCUUUCGCGUCGGCGUAUGGAUUACUAAAUUAAUGGAGGGAAAAAAAAAACAUUGAGAAAAAAGAAAACUUUAGACGCACUAUGUGAGAAAUGUACACGUUUGGACAUGUAAACCCGCGGACUUAACUUUACCGAGCUUGAAAAGGAUGACAACAACACAUUAGUGUUGGCAAUAAGGCAAUAGACAAUUGUUUCGGGUCCCACACACUGGAUCUCAAACUACUCACAGCAAAAUGAGGAUACUGGUACAACCCGAGGGUGCAAGGAGGCGUCUGGACUUAAAUCCUCCUGGUGAGCUCAGGAGGGUGGAGGUUGUCCGUGGACGGGCGGGAUACGGCUUUACCAUUUCAGGACAAAGGCCAUGUCUGUUGAGUGGCAUCCUAGAGGGGAGCCCUGCUGACCAGGUUGGACUUAAACAGGGAGAUUGCAUCAUGAGCGUCAACACAAAUGACGUGUCCACUGCAUCACAUGAGACUGUGGUUCAGCUGAUUGGCAGCUGCAAAGGGCCCUUGCAGCUGGUUGUGCUUGCUGAAAGCCGGAACAUGCGCAACCCCAUUCUUAGUGAUGCAGGGUUUGGGGAUAGCGAAGGAAAGAGUCCCUUCCAGAAGGUAGCAGUUCUUCGCACCAUCUCAGACCAUUCCAGUCAUUCCUCAAGUAACUUGAGUCAAGCAGUCACAGCCAAACAGAGGCCAGUGUCAGAGCCUGAUAUGUCACAGUGGUCUCAACAGUGGAGCUCUUUAGCUGAGCAGCCAAAGGAAGAAAAAGCUCGAGGUGGGGACACAGACUCUGUUUUUACAGACACAGAGGAAGCUAACCCAGACUGGGGUAUUCUAAACAUGACCAUGGUGGUAGGCUACCUGAGCUCCACAGAGCUGAUCUUGAAUACUAAUGAAUCCGAGGAGGACUGCUUACAGGCCAUUCGUGAGCGAAUACGCCAGCUGGGUACAGAGCAGAAUACCCAUACUCUGGUGAUGAUGAAGGUCAUGUUUGACUGUAUCCGCCUUUGUGACGAUGCAGGAGCUGUGCUGGCAGCCUUCCCUGCUGAGAACCUGGUUUUAGGGGCUGUGUGUGCUGAAGACAUGCGCUUUUUUUGCCUUGUCACUACAGCUCAUAUUUCCAACGGCAAUGUCCCUGAGGACGGUCCUCUGAGGGCCUCCUGCCAUGUUUUCUUCAUUGACCCCGAACUGGGCCACCAUGAAGACCACCUGGGAAUUGCCGGGCGCUUUGGCUUUGACUGCACUCCAGACCCAGAUGCUUUGGGCUGCUUGGAAUUCCCACACACUCCUCCUGAUGUCCUUCAUUUUGUGUCUGUCCUGUACAGUGACAUGGGGGAGGCUGUGGAGAGGCUUAGGGUCAAGCUGGACAUGGAAGCACACCAGCAGGCCAAGGAGAAUGGCAGUACUGGCAAACAGGGCAGUGCCAGCAGCAACGGAGACAGUGGAAUUGGCAACGCUUCCCCCCCUGAGGAGAGAGCGGACAGGGAUUUCCCUUCUGCCAUCGGAAACCACCCUGGGGCCCACCUCCCCAGCUGUCCAUGGGAUUAUCCUCCGGUGGAAGACCUCAUCCCAACAAACCUCACCCAGAAUGGCACAAACCUAAAUCUUAAUCCAGGAAGCAGCAUUAGCACACAUUCCCUUUCAGAGUCGUUACCUGGCCCUGAUUCUCUUGCCAGCCUUUAUGGAGGUCCCCCUCCCAGGCUUGAGUUUCAGUUUAAGCCUCCACCACCUCCUCUGCCUUUGGGCAAAAAGCCAAACCCUCUCAGAGGUAGCCAAAGGUGGUUUUCAAAGCAGAAGUGGCCUAAAGUCCGCAAUGGUGAUCCUGAGCCCCAGCCGAUGUCGACCAACAAUUGGUCCUCCAGCAUGAGCCUCAGCACCAGCCCACCAAAUGUUCUGCCACCCCCCAUGAGUCAGAUCCCCUCAGACAGGUACCAGCCAGCCGAGGCUAUGAUGUUGCCUCCGAGAGAAGAGUGGACCAGAAGAUUUCUUGAACAGAGUGGGAAACAACGGAAAGACGGCAGUAACAAAGGCUCCAGGUUUUGGGGCAUGGGUGCUGUCCGUGCCUCUAAACGUCGCCCUGCCAAACGUCUCAGCCUGGCACGAUCACUGGAUGACCUUGAGUCUGCUGCUUCUUCAGAUGGUGACUAUGGUGGAGGAGGCGUCCAGUUGCAGGGAUGCUGCAGCCAGAGCAGCCUGAACAGUAAUGGCAGCCUGCCAGGAGCGGGCAGCCACCGGAGGCUGUCAGACCGGCGUGUGGCUAGCUGGGCCACAUGCUUCGAGCGUCUCCUCCAGGAUCCCGUGGGUGUGCGCUACUUCUCGGAAUUUCUGAAGAAGGAAUUCAGUGAGGAGAAUAUCUUGUUCUGGCAAGCCUGUGAAUAUUUCAGUCAUGUCCCAGCAACUGAUAAAAAGCAGCUGUCCCAAAGAGCGGGAGAGAUCUACAACAGCUUCCUGUCCAGCAAGGCCACAACACCGGUCAACAUCGACAGCCAAGCCCAGCUGGCUGAUGACGUCCUCACCUCCCCGUGGCCCGACAUGUUCAAGACCCAGCAGCUACAGAUCUUUAACCUGAUGAAGUUUGACAGCUACUCUCGAUUCCUCAAGUCCUCCCUCUACCAGGAGUGCAUGCUAGCUGAGGUAGAAGGCCGUCCCUUGCCGGACCCGUACCAGAUCCCCUGCAGCCCUGCACCGUCCAAACACAGUGCCAGCUCUGACCGCUCCACCUUGUCUACACCCAAAAAGCAGGAGGCCAGGAAGCAGAGGUCAGGGAGGUCACUUAAUGAGGACGGCAGAGAUGAGAGCGCUGACAAGAAACGAGGGAUUUUCUUCUCGUGGUCCCGCAACAGGAGCUUUGGGAAGGGUCCCAAGAAGAAAGACAUUGGCGACAUUAACCUAGACUAUUGGGGCAGUAAUGGGCGGAGGGAGUCCCAGGGCUCAUUGUCCUCCGGUACCAGCCUGGAGAUGGCUACUUCCUGCUCUGCUGGCAAGAUUGAGUCUGACAAUCGACACUCCGUGGCGGUGUGGGAGCGGGUGCGCGAAUGUUCCCCCAAACACUGCAGUGUGAUGCUGCCCGACGGCUCCUGUUCUUCUAUCGCCCUGCGGCCCAACGCCUCCAUCAGAGAGGUCCUCCGAGAUCUCUGCGACAACAUUAAUGUCAAUGUGGCCGCCGUUGACCUCUUCCUGGUGGGAGGGGAGAAGCCUUUAGUUUUGGACCAAGACUGCUUGACCCUCAGCUCACGAGACUUGAGACUGGAGCGGCGCACUUUGUUUAGAUUGGACCUGGUACCCAUUAACCGCUCCGUGGGCCUGAAAGCCAAACCCACCAAACCAGUCACUGAGGUCCUGCGUCCUGUGGUGGCCAAAUAUGGCCUCCACCUCAGUGAUCUUGUGGCCAAAAUAAGUGGAGAAACUGAGCCUUUGGACCUGGGUGCCCCAAUAUCUAGCUUGGACGGCCUGCGUGUUGUGUUGGAGCGAGCAGAUCCAGCCUCGGGGAAAGACAAGUCCAAGUCUUGCUCCUUAAAAGGCCACCCACCAGCCAGGAGUCUCUCUGCAACAGGAGAUGAGAGGUCAUCAGGAAAGGACUUUUCUGUGAGAGCAAGUGGACCAGACUCUGCGCUCCCAGGGGAAAAGAGAAAACAGAAAAAGAUUAAUAUAGAUGAAGCUGAAGAAUUCUUUGAACUGCUGAGCCGAGCGCAGAGCAGCCGGGCCAACGACCAACGUGGACUCCUCAGCAAAGAGGAUCUGGUGCUUCCCGACUUCCUGCGUCUGGCUUCUCCCACCUCCUCUUGCUCUGUCUCCUCCAACCUCGCCUGCUCCACUCCUGACUCCCUAAAACAAGGCCAGGGUGCGGGUCGGGAGAACGGCAUCUCCCAACGCAUGCCCCUCAGUUCCAGCCUUCGAUCAGAGAGCCUGGACUCCUCGCUUAGCUCCAGUGCCAACGGACUCUCUGGGACAAGGCGGUGCCUGCUGCCCCCUCCACGCCACCCGCCCUUCGGCACCCACCUCUCUCCGAUCGCCCGUCCGGGCCUCCGAACUGUGGAGGAGGACUGCCACGGCGACCUGACGCUAGUGGGGGAGGGCGACAUCAGCAGCCCCAACAGCACCCUGCUGCCCCCGUCGCUGUCCCCCAUGCCGUCCUUUGAGGGCAGCCUGCCUGAGGCCAACUUCACCCCGCCCACCCCCUGCUCUCAGUCUCAAGACGCAAGCGGAGAGGGACAGUCCAGUUCAGAGGCAAAAGGAGACGCAGUGAGCUCCCAAACCAAAUCUGCGACCGGUGGAGCCGACCCCUCCCAGGCCGGUCAGGAGGUGAUGGACGUGGAGGGCGUCCAUCUGGAGGAGGGGAUGCUGAGCUCGUCCCAGGGAGAGGACUCCGAGCUCAGCCUGAGCUUCCAGGGCUACGUGGCCGAGCUGCGGCAGUGCCAGAGCAAGAUGAGGAACGCCCAGAUGCCCCAAAACGGCCGCAACCCGCCAGAGGGCAAAGACCCCAAGACGGACCUUUACAAGGCGACGAUUGUCUGAAGGGAACCCCACGCCACUCCUGCACUUUUAAAGCCUGACGCACUGUCUUCUGAAAGAGAAUCAGACGAGCAAAGGGACUGCCUGUACUGAAGCUGUCGAUUUCCACUCCAAAAACCAAUCUUACGGUUAUAGAUGUUGUAUAUUUGUUGGAGAUUUCUGGCAUCUUCCUGUUCUGUUAGUUUUUAGUUCUGGUUGUAAUUUUUGGGAUCUGUUUUGUUAUGUUAUGAUAUAGUUCGAUAAUUACGCACAAAGCUAUGAAGAAUCAAGAAGUUUGCCCUGUAAAAUAAGUUCCUGUGGUGAGCCAUGAUAUACUGAGGAAAGCCAUGAAGGAAGCCAUACAGUUCACAUUGUUGGGACAGUACGCUGUUUGUAGGAUCAUAAGGGAAGCUAAUCACAAUUUUCUUGGGUAUUUCACUAUUUCCUCGUUAUAUCGUCUUCCUAUGUUUUACAGUGAUUACAUGAUGAUGGUACUUUCUUGCCUGUAAUUUCAGCUUCUGUGGUUUUCAGUGGCAUUCUACUUGGUUGUUCAAAAUUUAAAAUGAUUAAAAAGCA